AUGAAACUCGAAAGAAGAGCUCUUACGGAGAAAAAUAUUAAUUCAAAUGUACCAGUACCACAGAGGACAAUAUAUAAUAAAAAGACGCUUAUCCAAUCUGAGGAACGAAAGAUUUCAAAGGUUGACUGUACGCCACAAUUGGUUACAAAAGAUAAUAGUGAUGAAGUAGAGGCUAGACGUCUUUAUGCAUUACAAAAUUCUUCUCCUAAUAGCAUUCAAAAUAUAAAUAUUAGCCGCCCAUUGACAAAGGCUAAUUUAAAAAUAUUACAAAAUCAAAUAUUUAGAUAUGAAAAUAUGAAUUCCACAUGUACCCAUUAUUCGUGUUCAAAUGAAAAUAUGUUAAGUAUUAGCUCUUCAAGAAUUUGGUUUUUAUUCGAAUUGGAAUUGACUAUCGAUGGGAAAUGGAAUUUUAGAAAUAGUUGUUAUCAUAAUAAAGUUUAUAAAAACAUAUAUCCAUUAUGGAAAAUUGAAAGCUGUUUAGAAAAGAAACUUAAUGAAAAUUCUAUAAAAUUUGAUAUGAGUCACAUCACAUUCAUACCAAUACCUAAUUUAUCGGGGCUUCUCUCAAUCCAUAAGCAGCAUGACAGUAGUGAAAUUGAGAUACACGUUGAGUCGUUGGAUGAACAGAGUGAGUCACAAAGAAGGUUAAAGAAGAGAAAAAUUAUACCGCCAAGUGUACUAUCUUAUAGGGAUAGAGAAAAAGUAUUUGAAGGUGUUACUUUCGAUAUUGAAAAAAUAUUAAAUGAUGAUAUCUAUUGCAAUCCAUUGGAGUCUAUUGGGAACAAAUAUAACGAUGAACUAACUCCACGAAAGAAUUCCGAGAGUACUUUACAGCGUAAUACCUAUUUUGACCAUAAUAAUUAA